AAGGAUCCAGGAAAAUGCUGUCUUCUAGCGUUUUCUCUGCGUCCAAACAGGACCACAAAACGGCACAAAGUUGCCAGCUUUCUAACAUUUCGGGAUUGACCCAUCGGCGUUUACCUUUCUCUCUCAUCGGAUUUGUCGGUGAAUUCGAUUUCCCGUUCAAAUCGAAGAGAUCCCAGAGAGGAUUUUGUCGGGAGAAAGAACAGAAAUUCCUUAGCCGUCCGCCAUGGAUCUCGAGCCAGAGGAGCUCCAGUUCUUGACGAUCCCUCAGGUGCUCGUGGAAUCGAUCUCGAUCACGAAACGAUCACCCAGAUCGUUCUAUCUCAUAACCCUAACCCUAAUUUUCCCCCUCUCCUUGGCCAUCCUAGCUCACUCGCUCUUCACCCACCCGAUCAUCGUGAAGCUCGACUCGGUCGACUCGUACAACUCGGCUCGGGCUCGGCACGACUGGACCGUCCUCCUGGUCAUCCAGUUCUGCUACCUGAUCUUCCUCUUCGCCUUCUCUCUCCUCUCGACCGCCGCCGCCGUCUUCACCGUCGCUUCCCUCUACACGGCCAGCCCCGUCUCCUUCUCCUCCACCAUCUACGCCAUUCCCAAGGUCUUCAAGCGCCUCUUCAUCACCUUUCUCUGGAUAGCUCUCUUGAUGUUCGCCUAUAACGCCGUCUUCUUCCUCUUCCUGGUAAUGCUUCUCAUCGCCAUUGAUAUGAACAUGCUGGGACUGGCUAUUUUCGCAGGGCUGGUGAUCUCCUUGCUCUAUUUCGGCGUCCAUGUCUACAUCACUGCUCUCUGGCAUCUGGGCAGUGUUGUAUCCGUGCUCGAGCCCAUUUACGGCUACGCCGCCAUGAAGAAGGGUUACGAGCUUCUCAAGGGAAGAACCCAGAUGGGGAUGGUUCUGGUUUUCGUCUACCUGAUACUCUGCACGUUGAUCGGAGGCGUUUUCAGAUCCGUGGUGGUUCACGGAGGCGAAAACCAUGGGAUCUGGACGAGAAUUGUGAUCGGCGGGUCACUGGUAGGGGUUCUAGUGAUCGUGAAUCUGGUGGGAUUACUGAUACAGAGCGUGUUCUACUACGUCUGCAAGAGUUACCACCGGGAAUCGAUCGAUAAAACGGCUUUGCACGACCACCUCGGAGGAUACCUCGGAGAGUACGUGCCUCUCAAGAGCAACAUUCAGAUGGAGAACCUGAAUGCUGCUGCUUGAUGACAUGACAAACCCUGGUAUUGCCUUCUGUUUGGAAGCAGUUUUAAGGUUUGAAUAAUCUUUGUAUGCCGAGAUGGAGUUUUUGUAUAUAUUGGUUUUUGCUGUAUGUGUACGCACGCAACCGAGAUUACUCGUUAUCCCCUUUUGUUCAUAUCCUCGAUUUGAAGCCAUUUAUCGAGUCCUUUGAAAACCAAUCGGUUUAAUUGCAAUCGCAAUAAAAUAUAAUAAAAUCUAAUUGUUGCUCUUUA